AUGUCGGAGCGGAGCCAAUCUCCAUCAACGCCUCCCUCAACGCCGCCCUCGUCCGAGGAAUUCGAAUCAGACUGGUCUGACAGCGAUCAUGUCCCUACUGAACCCGCCUAUUCUAUUGAAGAGAUGGUGGAAAUAUUUCUCGAAUUUUACAACUUUCUCAAGACAAUCCACUUCCGGGAUGUCAACCUCAAGAUGCCGCCGCCGGGUGGAUGGCCAAAUAUCUCCGAGUCCACUGCCUCACCAAAGUCCGAUCGGGUAUACGAGGUCAUACGACAUCUACCCUAUUUUGACGAUGCUCCCGAAGCACUUCUUCACUAUAAGUCACGCCUACUUGACUACACUCGAAUGUCUCGCCGUGAUGUAGAGGAGGAGUUUGAUAUUAUGGGGCAGCUUCUUGGAGAUUCCCAUUACUCGGAGCGAAGAGGGAUGGACAUCGACGUCUCUAAUACUUUCCCUUUCUCUCAGGGCUGGGAAACGGGUGGAAAAGCCAUGUAUUUCAACGUUUGGGACGGUGAGAUCAGUGAAGAGAAUCUUCGCUUGGAUGGAGGAGACCCUGUUGAUAUCAGGACCUACUUCGAGGAACUCAGGGGCUAUUUUGAAAACUUGAGACUUAUCCCUUGUCACAACAGGACUAUUCUUGAUGACAAUGUUCCAGAGCAUACCGGUGUAGUUACCGAGGAACAAGUCGUGUCUCAGGAGGAGGAAGUUUGGGGGACCCACCUGGAUUAUCAGUACAUCAGGCAGCUUUACAGGGGGCUUGGGUGGCCGCACGCUUUUCGCAGAGAUGACGCUCUUCAGGCGGUUAACCAGCUAAUGGAAAAGAUAAAGAAUAAGCGCGACGAAUGGGACGUCGAUCAUGGCCAUCAGGAUAUUCAUUAUCAUAGCGGAGACUGCUGCGGCACUUCUUGGGUAUCAUAUUAG